CAGCCUCCUUUUAAGCCGCAAAAAUGGCAAGCACAAUGGGAAAAAAGCAGAACAAGAAAAAAGUGGAAGAGGUCCUAGAAGAAGAGGAGGAAGAGUAUGUGGUGGAGAAGGUCCUUGACAGGCGGGUCAUCAAAGGCAAAGUCGAGUACCUGCUCAAGUGGAAGGGCUUCUCAGAUGAAGAUAACACGUGGGAGCCGGAGGAGAACCUCGACUGCCCUGACCUCAUUGCGGAGUUCCUGCAGUCCCAGAAAAUGGCACAUGAGAGUGACAAGUCGGAAGGAAGCAAGCGCAAGGCGGACUCAGAUUCUGAGGAUAGGGGGGAGGAGAGCAGACCAAAGAAAAAGAAAGAGGAGGCUGAUAAGCCUCGAGGCUUUGCAAGAGGGUUUGAACCAGAGCGGAUUAUUGGUGCCACAGAUUCUAGCGGGGAGCUAAUGUUUCUGAUGAAGUGGAAGAACUCUGACGAAGCCGACCUGGUCCCUGCCAAGGAAGCGAACAUCAAGUGCCCACAGGUGGUCAUUUCAUUCUACGAGGAGAGGCUGACAUGGCACUCCUACCCCUCAGAGGAUGACGACAAGAAGGACGACAAGAACUAGCCUUCCUUCCCCUCCACCCCCAUCCCUCUUCUGGCCAACUUUUGUAUUAAAACAUCCAGACUGUGGGUUUGAGCAUGAAACAAGAAAAC